AUGGGCGAGAAGAAACACGACGAACCUGUAGCUCUGGAUGGAUCAAAGAUUGACCAAAUUUAUGAGGAUCAGACAUAUAGCCACGAUGCUGUCUUUGGAGAGAUAACGGGAGACGGUCCGAACUAUCGCAACGUAGGAUGGCUGGGAACUGCAGCUCUUAUGAUGAAGACCCAAAUUAGGCUAGGCGUCCUCUCGAUACCGGUCGCAUUUGAUACACUUGGCUUAGUGCCAGGGGGCAACAUCCUCUGUGUCAUUGCCGCUUUUACAACCUGGUCUGACUAUGUCAUCGAUGAUUUCAAACUUCGACACCGAGAUGUUUAUGGCAUUGAUGAUGCGGGGGGCUUGAUGUUUGGCAACCCUGGCCGGUACCAGUUCGGAUUCGCGUUCUGUCUCUACUGGGUCUUUGUUGCAGGCUCCGGCAUGCUUGGAAUCUCGAUCUCCCUCAAUGCGGUAUCUACGCAUGGUGCGUGUACUGCUAUCUUUGUUGCGGUCGCCGCUAUAGUUGGUUUCAUGCUUUCAAGUAUACAAACAUUGGGACGGAUUAGUUGGGUAGCAUGGGUGGGAUUGUUUUGUAUCCUUACAUCAAGUGGGGCAGUCUUCAUCGUGACCAUUGCCGUCGGUGUACAGGACCGCCCCGCUUCCGCACCCCAGAUAGGAGGAGUCUGGGUAUCUGACUAUAAAAUUGUUGCAAGUCCGAGCUUUUCCGAUGCUAUUGCUGCAGCGUCUUCGAUUGUCUUCGAUUGUCUUUGCACAGUGGUAACCUCAGUCUAUCUUGCCAUCGGCUUUGUCGUAUACUACUACUGUGGCUCUUAUGUCGCAUCGCCUGCUCUUGGCUCAGCAGGUCCCACCAUGAAGAAGAUAAGUUAUGGAUUUGCUCUUCCGGGGUUGAUUGCUAGUACGAUGCUGGUAAUUCAUCUGCCUGCCAAGUACAUCUUUAUCAGGUUAUUGCAAGGCUCCCGACAUCUGACUGCUAAUACUGUUGUCCACUGGGUGAGCUGGCUGGGUUGCACUCUUGGAAUAACUGUAGUGGCCUAUAUCAUCGCUAGUGCCAUUCCCGUCUUCAACAAUCUCGUGUCCCUGAUCGGGGCUUUGCUAGGGACUAUGAUGUCCUUUCAACCUAUGGGAUGUAUGUGGCUAUAUGAUCACUGGAGCCAAGGCAAGAUGGACAGGUCGCCCAAAUGGAUUUUGAUGGUUUGCUGGAGUAUCUUCAUAGUGCUCUCUGGGACUUUCCUAAUGAUAGCGGGAACGUAUGGGUCCGUUGUCAGUAUCGUCAACAGUUACAGAGAGUCUGGGGGCCCAGCAGCCUGGUCAUGCGCGGACAACUCCAACUCGACCUAG